AUGUCUAAGAGAAAACUUGAUGGUGAAAGAAACACUGAAGAAAUCCUAAAUAUAAUCGAAUCUGCUGAUGAGACUGAGCAUUUUAUUGAGGAAUUUGAUAAUGCUGAUGAGCUUCAACUUGUACCUCAUUCACCAAAUGAUGGCGACGAUACAGAUAAAGAUGAUUCUUCAAGUGAUAGCGAAGAAUCUUUAGCAAAUUUGCGAGACAUUGGUAGAGGUAUUCUUGUAGAGAAAGGUGAGAUUAGAGCCUAUAGUAAAGCUGGUGUUGAAGUUCUCGAUGUCGAUACGGAGGUGAAACCAAGCUCUGCUAAGAAGCAAUGUUCACGCUCAAAGAAAAGUUCUCGCAAAUGGAAUAAUAAACCAUUGAGACAGUCCUCUGCAAAGCAUGAUUGUGAUUCUAGUGUAAAUAAACCUUCGAUUACAACAAGAUUUAGGAACAAGUUUGAGCCAACUGACGUCUUCAGGGAAUACUACUCUAAAAAUAUUAUGAGUCGUAUUUGCAGAGAAACCGUUAAAUAUGUCGUACAAAAGGGAGAUUUACAGUUUACUUUGUCUGUUAAGGAUCUUUACAAGUAUUUUGGAAUUCUUCUAUUGUUGGGCUAUGAUAAACUACCCUGCAGAAGAAUGUACUGGGAGACUAGAUCCGAUUCAAACAACUAUUUAGUUAGUCAGGCAAUUUCUAGAAAUAUGUUUGAGAAAACGCUAACAGUAAACUUGAUCCUUGUAAUAAAGUCUACAAGAUUAGGUCGCUCAAUGCGUAACCUUUUCUCUCUUGGUGAAGCAAUGCGGCCUUAUUAUGGGCAUCAUGGCAUGAAACGGUUUAUAAGAGGCAAGCCCACACGCUAUAGUUUCAGGCUUUGGUGCCUUGCCAGACCAGAUUCAUAG